AUGGAGAAUGCCAGCGAGGAGUUAUGGGGGCACGCUGGCGGCAGGUCCUCCACCGACGCAGCGUACGACCUCUGUCUCGAUAAGGAAGCGGCCCAGCUCGUGGGCGACCACUCGCUGGUCGUGUUGCUGGGCAUGCUGAAGUGCUGCGAGACGGGAAUACACUCAGCCAUGUUCGACGAGUGCAGGGCGAACAGCAUCCGGCUCUCGACCACAGUGGCCACGGAUAUCAAGCCCCGCGACUUUGUGGACGACGUGGCCUUCAGGGUCGGCUCGGGCCCCGGUGGCUCGCGCCAGGUCGCGGCCACAAAGGUGGUGAAGUCGGGGCACCUCGCUAUGACAAGGAAGGCGGCGUACCACUUCAAAGUUUUCGCCAAGAUGUUGAAGAUAAUGGAAAAACCGCACGUGCGCUACGUCGGCCACGACCUGGCAGCGGAUGCGGCGGUGCGAGUUGCGCAGAAGACCCCGUUGAAGCAGAUGCAUGACAGGAAGGGCCGCCUUCGGACGUUGCAGCGUGGCGCGGGCAAGGCACGCGUGGCUAUUAGUGUGGACGUCAAGGGUGCGACCGUCUGUGGAUCACG